UUUAAUGUCUUGAAUUUUCUCUGUCACAAGAUCUACAGUAGAAGAAUUCAUCUCACUGGCACUUUACAAGAACUGAAUAUAGAGAGAACAAUGAGAAUCUGGUUCGCAGGGGAGGAAAGAUUUAGGACACCUCAAGUGUGAAUGUGUGUACAUGAGUGCUAUCCAUCUAUCAUAACAACCUUAAUAAUUCCUUGAACUUAAAUAUCAGACCUGGUUAAAAAAAAUUUGGACUGAGCAUACCAUACAAUAAAAAUGUAAAGCUCUGCUGUGUCAACUUGUUGAAAGCGUAAACAAAGUGUGCCUUAUUUUUCGGAAUAUUUCGUAUUUAUUGUCCAAAGUUAAUGUUGAAGGCUAAAUGGGUUUGCGUUUAAAUCUACAGUAACUGGGACAAACUUUUCCCUCGAGUGUGUUUCAUACGAUCAUAUAUGCGGUGAGAAUUUUUCCUCAAUUCCCUCCGACAAUUACGAGCCAAAGAUUAAAUUGAUGCGAGAGGAAUAGAAGUGAGAAAGAAGAAAGCAGUCAUCUAGACUCAUUUUGGAUACAAGGCUUAUAUUCAAGGUUGUGUCAUGAAGGCAAAGCGUUCACGUGCAAGACUGGCUACAUUUGUUUUCCCCGGUUUUAUUGCCUCUUUGGAGUCUAAUGGAUGUUUAUCACAAGAGGACAUCUCCCCAUCCUUUUCCCUCGUGGGAAAUUUUACUUUUUACGGGAUACUUACGUUGAAUUUAUGAAGCUGCUUCUGUCAAGGAGGGAACUGACCUGGAAGAUCAGUUGCGGGAGUUUUACAGUUGUAAGAGUGUUGAGGAAGAGUGUGUGAGGAUGAGUGUGAGAUGGGAAACAGAAGGUUUACAGACAGUGGGCAUCGUCUGCCUGGUCUUAAUGUUUCUGAAACUCAUGCAUCUGCUCGGGCUCAUAGAUAUAACUGAAACAGAGAGCAGUGACAGCGACCUCGAGCUGUCUGCGGUGCGACAUCAGCCUGAGGGUCUGGAACAGCUGCAGGUUCAGACCAAAUUCACCAAGAAGGAGUUGCAGUCCCUGUACAGGGGCUUCAAAAAUGAGUGCCCAAGCGGUUUGGUCGAUGAAGAAACUUUCAAGACCAUCUACUCUCAGUUCUUUCCUCAAGGGGAUGCAACCACAUACGCCCAUUUCCUGUUCAACGCAUUUGACCUUGACAGAAAUGGAGCGAUUCGCUUCGAGGACUUUGUGAUCGGUCUGUCAGUGCUACUUAGAGGAUCUGUCACUGAAAAGCUCAACUGGGCUUUCAACCUUUACGACAUCAACAAAGAUGGAUACAUCACUAAGGAGGAGAUGCUAUUAAUCAUGAAGUCAAUCUACGACAUGAUGGGCAGGUACACCUACCCCAGUGUGAGAGAUGAGGCCCCAUCUGAACACGUGGAGAAGUUCUUCCAGAAAAUGGACAGGAAUCGAGAUGGCGUGGUCACUAUUGAGGAGUUCAUUGAGACCUGUCAGAAAGACGAAAACAUCAUGAACUCCAUGCAGCUCUUUGAAAAUGUGAUAUAGAUUGUGGGUGAAUCUAAGCUAAAAAAUAAACCUGAUGUCCCAAAUCACUGUCUAUAUACCAAACUAGCACAGCAGUCACUCUGUCUUGUUCUGUAGCACUAUUCUCCUGCCUGCUGCACUCCAUAGAAUCGUAUAGACCCCGUAGCCUACUGCAGUACGGGCUCACCGAUUUUUCUUCACAGCAGGACUACUUUUAAAAAGUAAGACUGAAUGGCUGGGAUCUUCCUAUUGUCUACUAGCAAACAUUAGGUGGGACUUUUAGAUCAAAAUGAGGAAAUGAAGUUGCAAGGCCAAGUUUUGUCUUACUGGCUGAUGGAUUCCAAUGGAGUCUUCAACAUUCGUAUGAAAACCAUCUCUACCCUGGACUGCUUUCUUCUGCCUUAUGAAUAAAGGAAAUGACUCAAUCUCAACCUUUCGAAUAACAUAGUUACCGUAAAAAGGAAGUAUGGUAACUGUGAAUUUUAAUGGAACGAAUGGAUCCUUUAGCACUUAUGACAAUUUGAAGCACAUGACAAUGAACAGCGAGACACCAGAGACUACACUAAAAUUAACAAAAUAAAUGUGAUGAUAAAAGAAAAACAAAUUGAAGCAUGCCUGUCCAAAUAUGUGAGAUAUUAGUGAUUCCUUGCAUGGAGACUGACAAAGUUGUACAUUUUCUUCCUUGUAAGCCAGUAGGUCCCACGAAGCUAAAGAAGCUGUAUGUGUGAAGUGAACUAGUGUACCAGUGUUUUUAAGUUCUGCUAAAUCUUGUAUUGCACAUAUCAGUGGGACCAGGAUGAUUUGUUUGGUCACAUUUGCUUCUUGCACAGCAAUGAGGUAUAUAAAAGGUAAAUAUUUAAAAUAUAGGCAUUUAUGUCUGCUUUAAAUCGGACUGGUUAUCUGUUUUAUUUUCGGGAAUGUAUUUAUUUGUCAAGCUGUGUGUCAAGUGGAAUGCAGGGUUUGGGCGUGAACUGAAAUGCCCAAGUUAAUAAUGUGUUUUACAAAUUUGAUCAUUUAAAUAAAUAAUGUGGAUUUUUAUUUUGAUACUGUAUGUAGAUGAGAUAAAUAUAUGAGAGGCUUGGUUUAUCUUUAUAUUUGAUUAGUUAUGCCCGUAAAAGUUAUAUUUCAUUGUUAUGUGAUGUAAAGGAUGCACGGUUGGAAAUCAACUUACUCUUCCAUGAUCAUUGUAUUCUCAGGAAUACAGUGAUGAGCAGUUGUUGUAAAUUUGUGCGUACAUGACAUCCUUUUUGUAUCAUUUUCACUUCAAUUAAUAAUGGUGGGCAUUUCAGUAUUGUAUGACCCACCCACAGAGGAAAAAAUGCAUACAGGUGAAUAAAAGUUUGUUUUCGUUUUAGUUGCCGUUUUAGUAGCAAUCGUAAAAGCCCUUAUUUAUUUAUUUAUUCUGUGUUUAUUUGGUUGGAGCAGAUACAAUUUAUUGUAGAUCAAACGAAU